AUGGACGCGGAGCGAAUGGCGGCUCUGUAUGCUCGCAGUGCAUCCUCGUCGCAGUCGACGUGGCGCGAGGGGACACCACCGCGGGAGCCGAUGGGCAGAGUGGCGGAGCGGGGCAAUUACUGCGUGGCGAGUAGCGGCGCUAGCGUUGAUGUGAAGGACAAGGCGGCCCCACUGUACUGGAGGCUGGCGCAGGUUAGGCGAGACUCGGAGGCCCACAGCAGCAGCAACGGCAACAACAGCAACAAUAGCAGCAGCAGCAGCGGCGGCGGCGCACACGAUAUGAGCGGGUUUCGAUCAAGUUAUGGGUCCGAGUCGCCCUCUCCCAUUCGCGUGCUGAGGCCGCUGCCGGCGCGGAGUCGUGGCAAAGUGUCUCCUGGCGAGUGGGUUGGUGCGGACCUUUGCGCCGACGUCGCCGCGGAGCAGUACUACUGCGCGGAGUACGGUGAGGAAGACGCCGUGCAGGAGCCAAGGCACUUGGCGUACAAGAGAAGGGGCGCAGCGACAGGCCGUGAGGGCCCGCGACAGAGCCCUUCAGCAAACUUCUUCACACGGGGGUCGCAGGGGAAGCUCGUGGGUCGACCACUUGCCCGUUCUGCCGUACGCUUGUCAGCGAAGCAGGCUGGUCCACGGUCCUCUGCAGGCGGAGCCGCCCCCAACCGCUCCGUUUUGUGCUACAGCCUUCGCGCCCCAACGCCCUGUGAGGCUGCCGCCGAGCGUAACUCAAGACGCCUUUACUUUUGUCAGGACUCCUCUGUGUGCACCAGCGGAGCCGGAUCUGUCCAUGCGGUGCCACAGCGAGUGAAAGCGCACUCAGGGGUAAAGGCCGGCCCAAGACGAGAGAAAACCCACACACGCGCCUUUGGUGACGGCGGCCCACCGACUCAGCCUCGGAGGACGCCCGCGUCCCUGGCGUUGCAAGGGACAUCCACGGGACAGUCACCGAACGAGUCGCGGGAAGAUCGGCAUGCUCGCUUUGCAGACGUUUACACGGAAGCAGCUGGCCACGCGGGUGCAGCAGGGACCCCGCCACCAGCUGCAUGCAAGAGUGCUGCGGUCGCAAACUGUCACCCCUCCCAAGACUAUUCCGUGGGUCAGGGGAGCAGUGAUGAUUGGAUUUCGCCCCCCCGAUGCCAUGAGCCGUCCCGUGCACUUGGACCCUCACUGCCACCACCACCACCAGCAGCAGAAGCGCCAGCAGCAACAUUAUUAUUCUCAUCAGACUCACCCGUAGCGGCCCGGCCCUCUCUCUCGUGUUCACGUCAGGAAGCGGAGAAGGAUGCGGGUUUGCCGUGUACCGGGCGGCACUAUAGCCCCAAUGACGCGGUGCAGCUACGAAGAG